AUGUUAACAUUACAAAACAUUUCAAUCUCUAAACAUCUCUCAUCAACAAGAACAACCACAUUAAUCUUAACAUGUUUUGUCUUAAUUUCAUCUCUUCUAAUCUUAAUUAAUUACCCAUCAACAACCAACACAUUAUUAUCAACAUUAAGUUUCCAACUUUUCUCCUUCUCAAACACUACCAACUCUUUUGCUAAUAAUAAUAGUAAUGUUGAUCCACCUUCAAAUAAGAAACAUUGUGACAUCUUUGAUGGAAGAUGGGUUUACGACGACUCGUACCCGGUUUACGACCCGUCGUCUUGCCCGUAUGUCGAACCCGGAUUCAGUUGCUUCAACAAUGGCCGCCAUGAUCUUGGUUAUUUGAAGUAUAGGUGGCAACCUUAUGGGUGUGACAUUCCAAGGUUUGAUGCAAAGAAGAUGAUGGAGAUGUUAAGAGGGAAGAGAUUAGUGUUUGUGGGAGAUUCACUAAGCAGGAAUAUGUGCCAAUCUUUGAUAUGUCAUUUGAUGGCAUUUAAAGGGCAAACCUAUAGAUCUGGCUUAUUUUAUAACUAUUAUUUCAAGGAUUAUAAUUGCAGCAUAUCACUAAUCACAGCACCCUUCCUAGUCCAACAACAUAAACUCCCAAAUAAGAAAGAAACGUUGAGACUGGACACUAUGGAAGCUACAAUCUCAAAGUACCGUGACGCCGAUUUUCUCAUCUUCAAUACUGGUCAUUGGUGGAAUCCUAACAAGUCUAAAAACGGAGAGAAUUUUUUCCAGGAGGGUGAUGUUAUACAAAGCAACAUGACCGUGGGAGUAGCAUACACCAAAGCAUUAAAAACUUGGGCAAAAUGGGUUGACACAAAUGUUAACACUACCAAAACCAAAGUCUUUUUCAGAGGCUAUGCUAAUACUCAUUUCAGGGGAGGAGAUUGGGAUACAAAAGGGACUUGUCAUAACGAAAUCACACCAAUAACAGACGAGAAGUUAUUAAAGCCAUAUUCAUGGUUAAUGCAAACUCUUGAAACAGUAAUUUCAGAGAUGAAAACACCAGUAAUUUAUCUCAAUAUUACCAAAUCAACUGCUUAUAGAAAAGAUGGUCAUCCUUCUAUAUAUCGAUAUCCUGGUAGCAAGUUGAGGCUAGGAGUGAUACAAGAUUGUAGCCAUUGGUGUCUUCCUGGAGUUCCAGACUCUUGGAACCAACUUUUGUAUGCCUCUUUGUUAUUCUCCUCAAAAGGGUUCAACAUGACAACUUAGGACCCGUUCGGUAUCACUGCCAGUUUUCAGUUUUUGAUUUUUUGGUCAUAUAAGUCAUAUGAUUUAGGUUGAAUUAUGAACUAAAAAAUAAUCGUCCCUAUAGUAAUCAUGUUAAUUUUGAAAACUGACAACAAGAACGGAAAACUACUUUUUGUGGUUUUCAUAAUUUGGUUUUUAAUUUUGUAAAAAACAGAAAAUUGGAAACAAAAAACGAUACCGAACGAGCCCUAGUUACUAGUUUUUUUUGUACCAUUUUUUAAGCUUGUUUUUCUUUGGUCUUUUGUAUCGGUACAUUUUAAAACACAAUACAAUUCAGAAAUGCGAGGAGAGUCUC